AGUGGUGGUGAUGGGGUGGCCAGGGCAAGACUCUCUCCCCGCUUGUGUUACCAGACGCAAGGAGUCUUCUCUUAGGAAAGAGACAACGUCCUGGAUUUACUUUGACUGAAGUGUGUUAGAGAGGAAUUGCUGGUUGUGCGGAGGUCUUGGUUUGUUCUGUUCCUCUGCCUGUCAAGACAAGAGCAGAGCCAGUCUAGUCAUUUCCAUUCAAGGACAUCCGUCAGCCUUGACAGGCACAGACUGGCGACACGGCCUCAGAGACGGAUCCGUAUGGGCGAUUGCUCCCCGCCAGCCCUCCAGCACCACUGGAGAUGUGUACACUGACGAGGUCCAGGUCAUCUUAUAGGACGCCAUGGGAGACUGGAACUUGCUGGGGAAGCUGCUGGAGAGUGCCCAGGAGCACAGCACGGUGGUGGGCAAGGUCUGGCUGACGGUGCUCUUCAUCUUCCGCAUCCUGGUGCUGGGCACCGCCGCCGAGAAGGUGUGGGGCGACGAGCAGUCGGGCUUCACCUGCGACACCAAGCAGCCCGGUUGCCAGAACGUCUGCUACGACAAGACCUUCCCCAUCUCGCACAUCCGCUUCUGGGUGCUGCAGAUCAUCUUCGUCUCCACGCCCACGCUCAUCUACCUGGGCCACAUCCUGCACCUGGUGCGCAUGGAGGAGAAGCAGCGGUCCAAGGAGAAGGAGCUCCUGCAUCUGCAGCAGCACCAGCACCAGCACCCCGACACCGCCGACAAGCAGCUGCUCCUGGCCAUGGAGGCCGCCCGGAAGCCCCGGAAGGCGCCGUGCCGCGACGAGCAGGGCCACAUCCGGCUGCACGGCGCCAUCCUGCGCACCUACGUCUUCAACAUCAUCUUCAAGACGCUGUUCGAGGUGGGCUUCAUCGUGGCGCAGUACCUGCUGUACGGCUUCGAGCUGAAGCCCAUGUACACGUGCAGCCGCUGGCCGUGCCCCAACAGCGUCAACUGCUACAUCUCGCGGCCCACGGAGAAGACCAUCUUCAUCCUCUUCAUGCUGGCCGUGGCCUGUCUGUCGCUGCUGCUCAACCUGGUGGAGAUGUACCACCUGGGCUUCACCAAGUGCCAGCAGGGGCUGCGCUACAAGCGGGCCGCCAUGCUGGUGUCGUCGGAGGCGCCGUCCAAGGCGCCGAGCGAGGCGGCGUCGGCCGUGCCUUUCGUGCCGGGGUAUACGUAUUACCACCACCCGGAGUCGACCUCGUACCCCCCCGCCCCGGGGUACGGCCUCUCCUCGCCCAUGAACGAGUCUGACUCGUCCUUGCACCCAUACACCAGCAAGGCGGCGUACAAGCAGAACAAGGACAACUUGGCCAUGGAGAGAAACAGUAGACCAGAGGAAUGUGAACUGAAAACGAAAAAGGGUUCGGGGUCCGUUCCCGGGUCGCCCGCCUCCACUCGUCAGGGCAGGUCCACGCGACCUCCCCGGCUUAUCCCUCACAAGACCAGAAUAGAUGACCUCAAGAUCUGACUACUGACUCACUCACUCUCCCAUUGCAGACAGGGAGAAUUAGGACAAACUGACUUUACAAACUGAUUGUACUUGCAACCUCUUCUUUGAGGGGAAACUCUUUGGUAUGGAUCAAAUGUAGUCUUCAUCUUGUCUUGAUGUGUAGUCUAGAUUUUUUUUAAAGAUGAUUGGAAAUACUGUUAUUGUUUUACUUUUGUUUGUCAAGUGCUAUGUGUAGGCCUAUAUUCCCAUUUUGGAUGUCCAUUCACACACCCCAAAAUAUACAGACAGAAUAUUUCACUUUUACAGACUUCUCCAUUAAGUCACCGCUUUUUUGAACAUUUUAUUCAACAUUAUUCUCAAAGCAGCUGCACAUACCACUUGAUAUUAGAUAUGAAGACAUAUUACAGUGCAGAUGCUGUUUGUGAGGCAAUCCCUGAUGUCUUAAAAGCCGUGUGUUUUCUUUUGGGGUGUAGGCCUAUGUUAUUGUAAUGACUCUACAGAAGACUAUGAAACUGCUGAAAGUCAACAUGCCUGUGUCACAUGUCAUGUUGCAUUCAAAUGGUCUGUCCUACUUUUAGAGAGAUCUGACGUACAGUAAAUCCACUCACUUAUGUUUGUGUAACAUGCGAUUGCCAAUGCGCACUACACUUGCUGGGGAAAUGUGGGUUAGACUUCCGAUGGGCCAUCUCCAGUUGCCGAGAAGUCUCUUCCCUCUUCCCCACUGAAAUAGCUUUCUGACACCUGAUAAAUUUUCAUAGCUGCAGACACCGAGUCUGUUUACAGUGCAGCCCCGCCAAAUGCUUACCAUGGCACUCCUUCUGUAGGGCAACAUGGGCAUAUGGCAGGAGCAUAAAUAUGGAUUGUAACGGAAUUAUAAUCCAAAGACUUUUAUCUCAACAGUUCUGUUUUUUGCAAUACUCCACAUUAUGUUACUAAUUAAUAACAGCUUGUUUUAUUCAGU